GUUCCGCCUCCAUGGGCGAUGACGAUCUUUUCCCGCCAUUGCUGGGCAGUUCCUAUCUGUCCCUGGUUAUAACGUGCGGCUUGUUGUUAUCGUCAUGACCGGUGUGGAUGACUGGAUUAGCUCCCCUCUCACCUUGGUACAAGGCUUGUUCGUUCAAAAUGGAGGAAAUAAGGACUGGGAGAAGAAAGUCACAGAGUAUUUCCAGGAAAAGCUGCAAGAAAAUAAUUCUUCUGCCUGGGUCCCCUGCUUGAAUGAUGUUCCCCUACAUUACCUUAAACCAAACAGCCUGGUGAAAUUCCGUUGCUUGAUACAGGACAUGUUUGAUCCUGAAUUUUUUAUGGGAGUGUAUGAAACUGUUGAUCAGAGUACGAAUUCCAGGGUUCUACAUUUUGGGAAGUACAGGGAUAUUGCAGAAUGUGCACCCCAACAGGAGGUAGAUUUAAAUUCCAAUCAAACAGUAACUUCUGAGAGACAGACCUUCUACUGCGUGCCUGUGCCUGGGGAAUCCAACUGGGUGAAAGAAGGCUAUGCCAGCUCCAGCCAGGCAAGGGUGUGCGCUUCAACUUCCUAUACCCCGAAUCGACAGAAAAGAAGCUAUGAAGAAGAUGAGGAGAUGGGUCCGCGUAAGGAACAGCACACAGGUGAGCUUAGGUUAUCUUCUGGAUGUGGAGAGACAAAGAGAUUAGAAACUGAGGCCCCAGCAGCAGGUGAGCAGCACACAGCAGCACCAAAUUGUGCCACAUCCCUGGACCUUAAUUUCCCCCUUCCUGGAGAGAAGGGUCCUGCUUGCCUUGUUAAGGUUUACGAGAACUGGGACAGCUUUAAAGUAAAUGACGUCCUUGAGGUGUAUGGGAUCUUGUCAGUCGACCCUAUUCUCAGCUGUGUGAAUGAGGAAAGGGAUUCAUUGUCUGCUCUAUUGGAUCCUGCUGAGACUAUGGAUACUUCAGAAGAGCAUCGUGUACAUAGCCCUCCGACUUCGCUAGUGCCCAGAAUCCACGCAAUACUUGCUCACAAGCUGCAGCACAAUAAUCCGCUAUUACCGCCCAGUCUUGAGGAGCCAGAGGGCAAACUCUUUGUUUCCAGCUUCAUGUCUGAGCUUUCAUCUGUAAGAGCGGAGCUCCUGGGUUUUCUCACACACGUGUUGCUAGGGGACAGCCUGGCAGCUGAAUACCUCAUAUUGCACUUAAUCUCCACUGUAUAUGCUCGGAGGGAUGUACUUCCCCUUGGUAAAUUUACGUUAAACCUCAGCGGUUGUCUUAGGAACGGUACAUUUUCAGCACAUCUCUAUCAAAUCCUGCAGCAGUUGGUUCCUGCGUCGUAUUACUUGAGCAUGACUAUAGAGAACAUGAACAGUUUGCGUUUUAUCCCACAAAAGGAUUAUUCUGCAAACCGCCUGGUGAGCGGCCUCCUGCAGCUCUCUACACACACAUCGCUGCUGGUUGAUGAGACCGUGCUGGAGCAGGGACAGCUGGACACACAAGGAGUUCACAACGUAACGGCUUUGGGAAAUUUGAUAACAUGGCAGAAAGUAGAUUAUGACUUCAGUUACCAUCGGAUGGAAUUUCCCUGCAAUAUUAAUGUCCUUGUCACCUCUGAGGGACGAUCACUUCUCCCUUCUGAUUGCCAAGUGCACUUGAAACCAGAGAUUACACCUCCUAACCCGGAGCAGUACAUGAGCGCCCUUCUUACAGCAUCCCUGCCAUCCAUGCUUAACAAGUUCCGUGUCUAUCUGACCCUUCUGCGACAGCUAGAUUACAGCAUAUCUGAUGAGGUUACCAAGGCUGUUGAAGAUGACUUUGUGGACAUGCGAAAAAAUGAUCCCCAAAGCAUCAGUGCUGAUGAUCUGCACAGGUUACUUGUCGUUGCCAGAUUACUGUCCUUAAGCGCUGGCCAGACCACACUGUCCCGAGAGAGGUGGCUGCGUGCGAAACAGCUCGAGAUGCAAAGGAAAAACAGAUUGCUAGAGCAUAAAUUUGUGAACGGAAAUGAACUUUAAUGACAAAAGUUUUCUAUUGAAUUAAUGCGCACUUACAUCUUGCCCGCUCUAAGGGGCUUUUUUUUUGGACAGCAGUUUUACGGAUGUUUUCUUUGUAGAGGAAGUUUAAGUAAUGUUUUAACUACUUUGCUACCAGUAAAUACGGAGAAUCCACAUCUACAUCAUCGUUCUCCAAGAAAGCCUUGUUCUCAUUUUUGUUUUUUUUGCUGCAGUACAAUUUUUAUUAUUGCCCGCCCCCCACCCACUUUGUAACCCAUGAAAAAUAAUGGUGAUUGAUAUGUUUUGAUAUUAAAGAUUUACUACUGACUAUAGUAAAGGUUGGUGUUCCCACUUGCACUUUCGCCAGUCCUGUUCAUCGGGCUUCAGUGCACACAUGGGUUUAUACAGACUAACACUUAAAGGGACAUUAAACACUGAGCAUUUCAGUUCCUGUUUGAAAUGGAAGUGCAGAACACUUAUACUCCACACAGCCAUUUGGCUUCUCACUCUAGUGACCUAUUUAUAACUGUCCCUAAUUGGCUACAGCAGAGAAUGUAACCUAAGUUAUAACAUGGCAGCUCCUAUUGUUUUAUAGACACUAAAACUUAACACUUAUUGUGUCAAUAUUUAAACAACUAGUGAAACAUUAAAAAUACAUCUACAUGUUA